AUGACCAAAAGCAAAAGCCAGGACUGGCAGGAGCUGCCUGCAAUGACCACGGAGAAAAGGCCGCUGCGAACCUACUCACAUAAGGCGAAGAGUAACCGGCCUGUAUCGCUUCUGUCGCUCCCUCCCCUCAAGCCCACGCCCAAGCAGUUCACUCCUACCACGGCCGGUGUCCGACUCGAGAAAUUUCAUACCGGCAACGCAACUGUGUACAGGGACGACCUUGGUCAGGGCGGAGUCGAUGACGAUGUCGAUGAGCUUGCCCUUGAAAGCCUUGGAGAAGCGAGCCGCUUGGAGUAUGCAGAUCACAUCACUUCACCUUUAUCGCCCACUCCGAAUACGCAAGUAUCACUACACUCUAAGCACCCGGGACCGGUCGACGAAGACGAAGACGACCCCUUCGUCCUCUCACAGCGGCCUCCGGGCUGCAACCCCAAACACGACAGACGCACAGGAAAUGGAAUGAGGAGCCUCCGACGUCGACCGCACCUUAUCUUUAGCAAGACGGAAGCCAAAGGCUACAAGCAGCUGAAUCUGAAUGACGAACCGGAUGCUGCCAAGCCAGUACCGAUUCCACGUUUUAAAUACGGAUUUGGGGACGGCUUCUCAGGUCGUGAAGCCAAACCGAACGGUUCGAAUCUCCUAACCCGCAGCGGGAAGCAAGCUAUUACUAGCCCGCAUGUGGGUAUUCUCGAUUUGACCCAGUCCACCACGCAAGCCCCUGGACGGAAAAGAAAGACUCAAAUAGCAGAUAUCGAUGACAACUCCUUCGUCUUGGCCCCGAAGAAGAAGAGUCGCGGUCCCUUGCAGCCGAAAGACCCGAACCGGCAAGCGAAACCCAGUCCAGUGAUCCCAGCCAAGGUGAAGAGGACUACUUCCGCGCGUCAUGAAUCUGGUAAGGCCAGGGAAGAGCUUUCGGCCCCAGGGGCGCAGCCUAGGCAGCCCAAGGCAGACGGACACAUCAAGAAGACUCAAGCUCAACCCAUCGCCGCGAAGGACACCGGGAAAGACACGCUUGACAAUGAUGACGAGGUAAACUUGCUCAUCAUUCCGGAUAUUUACAAUGCCCAGGAAUUUGUAACUGUGGUGGAGGAACACAGUUUCGAAACAGACGUCUCAAAACCUCCUCCCCGCCCUCUUCUAGUGGCAGCGGCAUCGGAGGACGGACACAUGAAACACACCCAAGUUCAAGCCACCACCCAGCGCGACACGAUUGAUGAUGAUGAGGAGGGGGGCGAAAAGUGGGAUGUUACCGGCGCGCUGCCGCCGUCGGGGAGGGAAUUUCGGAGAGCCGAUACGCUGUGA